AUGGCGCGGAAAGCCAUACAGAAGGACCAGAUCGUCAAGCUCAUCGUGGGCGCAGGGCAAGCUUCGCCGUCGCCGCCCGUGGGCCCAGCACUGGGGAGUAAAGGCGUGAAGAGCAUGGACUUCUGCAAAGAGUUCAACGCAAGAACCGCCCCCUACACCCCCGGCACCCCCAUUCCCGCCCGCGUAACCGUCCGCCCCGACCGCUCCUUCCACUUUGAGCUGCGUACCCCCCCUACCGCCUCCCUCCUCCUCGCAGCUGCCGGCGUCAAGGAAAAGAAGAACAAAGUCCGCGGCGCAGGCAACGCGAGCGUGGCCACGAGCGCGGCUGGGAAUGCGGGCAUCGGGACUGUGGGGAAGGUCAGCUUGAAGCACGUCUAUGAGAUUGCGAAGAUCAAGCAGGCUGAGACGAGGUUGAGUGGGGUUAGUUUGGAGGGAUUGGUGAAGAGCGUGGUCGCGCAGGCGGGGAGUAUUGGAGUGGUGGUGGUGCCAUAA